GGGAAGGAGAGAGAGAGAGGGGCGCCCGGGGCGAGGGGAAGGAGCUGUCAAAUGCACGGCUCCUUUAACCAGUGCUAUCAGUCGGACUCGGAGAGUCAUGGCGACCACAGCGUCUAACCACUACAACCUGCUGAGCUCCGGCUCGUCCAUCGUGCACAGCGAGCCCGGUGGCAUGCAGCAGGCUUCGGGAUACAGGGAUGCUGGCACUCUGGUCCAGAGCGACUACACGCUGCAGAGUAACGGCCACCCCCUGAGCCAUGCACACCAAUGGAUCACGGCUCUAUCUCACGGGGAUGGAUCGCCCUGGUCCACCAGCCCCUUGGGCCAGCAGGACAUCAAACCCAGCGUUCAGCCCAGCAGAGAGGAGCACCUUCAGCACCAAGGGAGAGCUCCUCACCUGGUCCAUCCAGCCCAUGGGAACCACCACAGUGCCGGGGCAUGGAGGACCACCACCUCAGCCCACCUGCCCAGCAUGGCUUCCACCAACGGCCAGGGACUCCUCUACUCUCAGCCUUCUUUUACAGUCAACGGCAUGAUCAACCCGGUAUCCGGGCAAAGCAUGCACCACCACGGCCUGAGGGACGCCCAUGAGGAGCACCACAGCGACCACGGCCACCAGCAGCCUCCUCAACAGCAUCAGCUGCAACAGCAGCAGCAGCAGGACUCUCAGCACCAGGGACACCACGAGCACUCCGACGAGGACACCCCGACCUCCGACGACCUGGAACAGUUCGCCAAGCAGUUCAAGCAAAGGAGGAUCAAACUGGGAUUUACGCAGGCCGACGUCGGACUGGCCCUGGGCACCCUGUAUGGCAAUGUUUUCUCCCAGACCACCAUCUGCAGGUUUGAGGCCCUGCAACUCAGCUUUAAGAACAUGUGCAAGCUCAAGCCUUUGUUGAACAAGUGGCUGGAAGAGGCGGACUCGUCUUCUGGAAGCCCCACCAGCAUAGACAAGAUAGCAGCUCAGGGGAGGAAAAGGAAAAAGAGGACCUCCAUUGAGGUCAGCGUCAAGGGGGCCUUGGAAAGUCAUUUCCUCAAGUGUCCCAAGCCAGCUGCCCAGGAGAUCACCUCGCUGGCGGACAGUCUACAGCUAGAAAAGGAGGUGGUCAGAGUUUGGUUUUGUAACAGGAGACAGAAAGAGAAAAGGAUGACCCCACCAGGAGGGACUAUCCCAGGGGCAGAGGAUGUAUAUGGGGGGAGCAGAGACACACCACCACAUCUUGGGGUUCAGACUCCUGUCCAGUGAAUCCCCCACCAUCCAUCACUUAGAACUUUUCAUUGUCCCCCUUUUUUUGAUACUAGCCCAGAACAAAACGUCUCACUGGACUAUCAUACAUGGUAGCAGGUGUAGUGAGGAUGUGUUUUGACCUUUUUUUGCAGGCGACUACCCAGCCAAUGGAGUAGAAGUGAGUAUACACAAAAAAAAAACAUGUCAGGAGCUCAUGUCUAGCAAAAAAAAAAGCCACUCAGACAUACAGUACAACAGAAUCAUUGGUUAAAGCAAGAUUUAGCUUUAAUUCCCUGGGAGGAUGGUGGUGGUGAUGCUCAAUGUUGAUUCUAUGCUGCUGUAUGUAUUUAAUGCGGAGCCCUUUAACAAACAAAAGCAGAUUACAACAUUGACAAUAUUUAUGAGUCUAAAUUGCACUGCGAGGAAAUUGAAGUUUACAUGAACCCUUCGAGGAAGAUUUAUUUCUCAAAAAAAAAAACAAUAAUCGACUGACACAUUGAAACAGGGAGCGAUUUCUUUCUUUUCUUUUCUUUUUCAGUUUAAUAUUGAGUUAAUGACAUCAUGUUAUAGUGCUCUUUUUUGUUUUAAGUUGUUACCUGCUUGUGGACAUUUGUUAUAAAAGAUGUGUUUUAAAA